GUUUAGACGAACACCAGCUCAUAUCCACAUGCUCCAAUCCAGACCAGUUUUGCCUGAACUUUCCAAAAACAGGGAGAAGUGAAGAACCAUUUCUCCGGCGAGCUAGCAAGCCGAAAGGGCUCAACGUGACGAGGCGUGCGGCCGAGUUCAUAGAUAUAUAUCCACAAUCAGUUAGGCAAAAACAGAUCGGGUGUGGAAGUCAAGCUAGCAGCGAUAGUCGUCGACCGAGAAAGAGAAGACCCGUUGUUGGACUGAAUUGAAAGCUCUCUUGAGAAGGCGACUAAGAAGGCUAAGAAGUUCUCUAACAAGCAAACCCGCUCCUGCUUAUGAAAUUGACGUCCCCAAGAGUUUGGAAGCACAGUAGGUGGAAAAGAAACUGCAGCACUGCCAUCGGCCAAUGGCCUGAAUCAGACGUCGUUUCCAUCAACACUAGCAUUACUGAGCUUGCCAAACGCGGUCAUCUUGACAGAGCACGCGAGCUAUUCGAUGGAAUGCGUGAAAGAACCGUCGUCUCAUGGAACACCAUGAUCUCUGGAUAUGCCCACUGGAGAAAGUACAUCGAAGUUUUUACUUUGCUUUCCUUAAUGCACCGCAGCAGAACAAAGUUUAACGAGUCCACACUUUCGUCUGUUCUUAGUGUUUGCGCUCAUUCAGGAUCUUUCUGCAAAGGAAAGCUGCUACAUGGCUUGGUUUUGAAGUCUGGAUGCGAAAACUUUAAGCUUGUUGGGAGUGCUCUGUUGUAUUUCUACUCAAGUUUUUAUGAAGUUGAAGACGCGAGGAAGGUGUUUGAUGAAUUUCACCAAUGGAAUGAGCUGCUUUGGAGUUUGAUGCUCGUGUGUUAUGUACAGUGUAACCUAAUGAACGAUGCUUCAAGGAUCUUCAGCAAAAUGCCAACUCGUGAUGUUAUUGCCUGGACUGUAUUGAUCUCCGGAUACUCGAAAACUCAACAGGGAUGUCAAAAGUCUUUGGAGUUAUUCUCACUGAUGAGGAACGGAGAUGACGUGGCACCGAAUGAGUUCACUUUGGAUUGCGUGGUAAGAGCUUGUGGUAGACAGGGUGAUUUACCAGAAGGAAAGGCCCUUCAUGGGCUGGUAGUGAGGUUUGGUUUUGAACUAGACCUUUCAAUAUGCGGAGCACUUAUUGAUUUGUAUUGCAAUUGUAUGGAGAUGGAUGAUGCGAAAAGUGUAUACAACCAACUGAAGAAUCCUUGCGUGAAUGAUUCGAAUGUGUUGAUUUCUGGUCUUGUCAUGGCGGGAAAGAUUGAAGAAGCUGAAUCUGUUUUCAGAGAGUUGAUUAAUAGGAAUCCAGUUUCAUACAAUUUGAUGUUAAAAGGGUAUGCUUUGUGUGGCCAAGCUAACAAGUCAAAGGAUCUAUUUGCUGAAAUGCAUGAAAGACCAUUAACUUCCACAAAUACAAUGAUCUCUGUGUAUUCCAGGAACCAUGAGAUUGAGAAAGCUCUGGAACUAUUCGAAACAACUAAAGGAUAUCAGAACCCCGUUACUUGGAACUCAAUGAUAUCAGGUUACAAUCAAAAUGCUCAACAUGAAGAUGCGCUAAAACUGUAUCUAAAAAUGCGUCGUGUACCAAUCAGCCAAACGAGGUCUACAUUCUCUGCCCUUUUUCAUGCAUGUUCCUGUCUUGGGUCUCUACUGCAAGGAAAACUUAUUCAUGCACAUCUGAUUAAAACCCCAUUUGACACCAGCGUUUAUGUCGGGACGGCACUUGUGGAUAUGUAUUCCAAAUGUGGAGCCAUUUUUGACGCUAAAGCAUCAUUUGUUGGAAUCGUUUGUCCAAAUGUUGCAGCUUGGACAGCUUUGAUCAAUGCAUACGCACACCAUGGCCUCGGCCUUGAUGCAAUCCUACUCUUCAAAGAUAUGUUGGAGCAAAAGGUACUAUGGUUACUGGGUUACGGUUUUGUCAACUCUUCAACACCCCAAACAUCUCAUCAUGGUCUGAAGAGGCCCUUCAUAGUUGGAUUGUUGGGAUGGUAGAAGUCUCUUGUUUAUCAUGAAAUAGAAUUAUAAAAGGAAUCAUGGCCAUUGAACUACAAAAAACCAAUCCUUUUUCUUCUUACUCCCUUAACUGGUAAGCUGUAAUGCUAAGCUUUUAUAGACUAAAAGCGACACACAAAGCAAAACUAUAUUUCCCAUAAAGACCAAUGUCAAACAUUAUGGCUUUUCAUUUGAACUCAUAGAUAGUUUGUUAAUGUGUGCUCAAUUGGAGGAGCAUUAGCACUAGUAGCAUCAGCAGUUGGAUUGUUCUGUUACAAACACCUCUUCAGAUGUAAAAUAUUCUGUUACAAGGAUCCACACCCAUUAUAGGGACCAGUCGGAUCCUUAUAUUGGGGCCCAUAUAAAAAUAAGGAUCAGAUGAACUCUAACACAAUAUUAAGAGUUUAAGACAUAGAGUUUAUUAUAAAAGAUCCAACUGUCCGACAAGAUAUGAAGAGUAACCCAAUUCUUUUAAGAUGGUUUGAUAUUUUUAAAUUUAGCUGAGUUGGGUCUUACCGUUCAAUAGGUACAUCCAAACGCAGCAACAAUGGUCGCGAUACUGUCUGCUUGUACACACGUGGGCAUAGUGAGUGAGGGCAUGAGAUUUUUCCAUGAAAUGGAAACACGUUACGGCAUAACUCCCAGUCUAGAGCACUUCACAUGCAUAGUGGAUCUUCUUGGUAGAACAGGCCAUCUACUGCAAGCUGUGGAACUAGUAAAGGCUAUGCCAUUUGAAGCUGACAGAGUACUACUCAUAGCUCUCCUCAAUGCGUGUUAUUUCUGGUUGGAUAUGGAAGUUGGUGAAAGGGUUGCAGAGAAACUGUUGCGUUUGGACCCCAUCACCAUGUCUGGCUGCAUCAUAAUGUCAAACAUGUAUGCUGGUUUGGGUAGGUGGGGCAGGAAGAUGCGGACAAGGAAUGCUUUGAGAGAAAUCGAAGUGAAGAAGCCUCCGGGUUGUAGUUGGAUGGAGAUAAAUGACAGAGUUUAUGUGUUUUCUGUAGACGAUAGAACACAUCCAAGUCGUUACCAUGUUUGCUCAACUUUAGAACAUUUAAUGGCUAAUGUGAUGAACUCAAGUAACCCUUCUGUUUUCAGCCCUUCCUAAUUAACUGAAGCUAAUUGGUUUAGUUGCCGUUCAUUAUCCAUCUUGCUCAGUCUUGCAGAUAAAGAAUCUGCUAUGUGCUAUACAGCUGCAUUACCGGUCUUGUUAGAUUCUAGGAUUUUCUUCGACUUUCUAACUAUCAUCAGGUAAUAUCAUUAUACUCAGUAAAUAUUUUACUUGACUUGUGGAGUUUUCAUUAGGAAUAAAUGCCCAAAAAAUAGAAUUACUUUUGAUAUGUAGUUUAAGAAAUGAAGAGCAUUUUAUUUUAAUUUUAUACGGAACCUGCACAUAUGCGACUGAGUAGCUCACUCCAUUGUGUGUUAGUGACAUAAAAUAUUAAAAUAAAUAAGCGGAACCGUGGAUAUUGGAAGCUAAAAGAUUGUUCAUGUUUGAUAGAUAUAAGUCUCCUCCUUCUAAUUUUAUAUGGGAAAAAUUCACAUGAAUAAUCCCAAUUUGAUGAUCCCGUAUUUCCUUUCUGGGCCGUCCCAAAUUGAUAGUCUCAUUUCCCUUUUUUGGAAAGAAAUAUGUGGUCCACAUCAUUUCACAUUUUUCUACUCAAAUCUCAAUCACAACUUUUACCUUUUCAACCACUUCCUUAAUCUUUGAGCCCAAAAGAAAUGGGAUCAUCAAAUUGGGACAGAGGGAGUAUACGGUAUAUCUUCUUAUAUUACAGAGGUGACCUGCACAAACCUAUUUAACAGGUCAGCUAGCCACAUGGCUUAUUUCAGUAUUCUUAUAGUUUUACUUCCGUUUACUUCUUUUUCUCUUCCCUUUUCUCUUUCCCCACAUCCCACCCGCCUGUUUUUUUUCUUCUUCUUCUAUUUCUCCUUUCUCCCGGCGAGUCAACUCAGUACUCCUUUCUUCCCACUUGAAUCUCCUGUCCGUCUCCAACUUUAUUUUCUUUUUUUGAUUUUUCCUUUUUCUUACUCUCCGAUGGCAGCUCUUCAGUUUGAGCUUUGGUAAGCACUGUAAGGGAGUCUUUGGAUUCGAGAUUGGGUCGGGUCCCAUGGUCAUGAGCAAGAAAUGAUUUGAAUUUAAUGUUUUGUGUUUCUAGUCGCUGGAAUUUGGCCGGUGUUUCGCCGGAGAAGAUCACCGAACUCUGGAGUAAUGAAGUCUUUGAUUUCACUCAACUCUGCUCAUGAUUGUCAUGAGGGUACGUUGUGCUCUAUUGUCAAGGCCCGUCAAUAGCAUAUUUGCAUCUGAAUUAAUGGGAUUAAAGAAGUUAAAGAAAAGAGAUUGUGAAAACUACAGAGAAAAACUCAAGACUCCAUGGGUAUGACUGUAUGUCUGCUAUGGAUUGUGACUGUUAUGAUUUAGAAUGGGAUUAUGAAGAAAAAACGGGUGAAAGUGUAGGCAAAGUAAGAAAAAAGAGGGGAAGUAGGAUCAAAUUCAGGAAAGAGGAGCAAAACAUGGAAUUGACUGCCUGGCAUAGAUGAACAACUUUUCUCUUUCUCUUUUUAAAUGUUUUUACCGGUUUGGUAGGUAUGAGGUCAAGUAGGAUCAACUUGAGAAGACAGUUCAUAGUUGGGAUUAAUGAUGUGCAUUUUUCCGUAUUUAUUUAUCUUUAUUUUAUCCGUUUUAUCUUACUUUUUCUCUCUCUCCUUGUCCGUCUCUCUGUUUGGCAUCGAUAUCAUAGAUCGAUUCAUGUUAGCCGACCCCAAAUUCUUUUGGGAUUAAGGCUUGUAUGUUGUUGUAAUAAGUUUUUAGUGAAAGAUAAUACGUUUGGCAUCCUAUAAAACCCCAACGAAUAUGUGUCUUUCUUUGGAGAUUAUGAUUCAAAUGCUUUCCUUUUCCCUCUAACUUACACAAUAUUUUAUGCUUCGGUUCCUUCAAUGUGUCAUCUUUGUAAAACUGAUGAAGUCUCCCCUGAAAAUGUUAUACUUCACUGUUACUUUGUUGCUAAUAUUUGGAAGCAUUUCAGUUACCUACUACUUAAUGAUGGAGGGCUAAUAUUUUUGCAAGCAAAAUGUUUUCCCUUUCAGUUUAUAAGUUUAUAAGUAGUUUAUAAGAUAGUACGUAGUAUUUGUUAAUCCUUCAGUCAUCAAUCUUUUCCAUGUUGGAAGCGCUGAGGUAGAAAUACCCAAGUAUCUAGUGUUGUAAAUAGAUUGAGGAUGGGACGAGGUGGAGGACAUGGUCAAGGCAUGGCAUAUAAAGGUGUCACUAUCCACCAGCCUAAGCGCUGGCAUGCCAUCACCGGCAAGGGCUUGUGUGCCGUCAUGUGGUUUUGGGUUCUGUACAGAGCCAAACAGGAUGGACCAGUAGCCUUGGGCUGGAGACAUCCCUGGGAUGGUCAGGGAGAUCAUGGAUAUGAUCAUUAGAUGUUCCAGUUUGAAGCAAAUAUAUGAUCCCAUUAUUUAGCUCUUACUUUUAGUGAACUUUUGAUGUAUGCUUACCGGGAUGAAUGUACUCUUGUUUGAUUUCUUUUGGUUUCUAUGAGUGACCGGAGAAGAGAUUAUACAUUAUGAUGAUCCAAAAAACAAUUUAUUUUGAAUCUCUUUUGAACUCUGCAAUCAUUUCUAGUUGGAGAAUAAAAAUAUGGAAGGUUUGGUUGUUUUUUUAUCAAAAAAAAGUAUACAAGUGUCAAGUAUAUAUGAAUCCAGGGGCGGACCUAUUAUAGGUCAAAAGUGUUCAUGUGAACACCCAAAUUUUGUAACUGGUAGUGUAAAAAUACAUGUUUAUGGGUGCUAUUGUAAAAAUUUCUAUAUGUAUGCGAACACUCAAAUUUUAUAAAAUAAAUUUGAACCUUCAAAACUAACAUCCAAGAUCCGCCACUGUAUGAAUCACUUGUGAGCUCAUCAAUAUGUCUUGAACUAAAAGAUAUGCGUCAAUUAAAAAGUAAUCACCUUUGCUUCUUGUCAGAUAUUGAACUAAUAUCUAACCUGGUUUAUAUUUGAUUUAAGAAAUUGUCGUAUUCCCCAUUGAACUGUGAAUAUGCUAUUGAUGUGUAUGUGUACAAAUUCAUUUUCAUAAAAAUCAGCACAAUAUAUGCAGCCAUUGAGAUAGUAAUUUUCCUUCACUUGAUAUGCACAAACGCCACAAAGGUAUGUCAUAUGUUUCCAUCUUCAAGUCAUUUUCGGUUGUGCUUUUUAAUUAUGUGUUACCUUUUAAAUACAUACUGUGUCUAAUAUUCAAGUUUCGAGGAUUCUACAUCAAUAUGCUAAUAUGUUGUAAUAUGAUGCUCAAUACGGCAUGGCUUAAUCCGGGUUUUCAAAAUAUGAUCAUGCUUCUUACAAUAUAUAUAACUUACCUUUUAGUUUUAAAUUUUCUCUGCAAGCUAAUAAGUCUUUCAUUCGAUUUUAAUUAACCAUUUUUUCUAACAUUUUUAUCUGGACCACUGCAUUUUAGACAGCAACAUGCAUACAAAAUAUAAAACAUGCAUGUACUCCUAAAAUACAUCACUAGACUCAGGGGGUGUUCGGAUCUGAUUCUUAAAACUGCUUCUGCUCCUUCAGGGAGUAGAAGCAGAAAUUGGAGUGUUUGGGUGAAAGUGCAUAAGUGAUUCUGGUGCUCUAAUUUACUCUUAGAAUCAAUCUUUUUAGAAGCUGGGGGAGACCAGUUUCUGAAAAAUGAUUCCGAUUCUGCUUGUGCUUUAAAAGUAAUGACCACUCUCAGAUGUGGCCUUCAUAUCUGUUGGAGUAUCUACUCUUUAUGAAGCUUCACCAUUAAUUCAUAGACUGUAGUAGUUGUUUUUACUUGCUACAGAAUAUUUCUCAAUAACUAUGUUCUUCAAAAGAUGCUUUAUUUUCUCGGUUUAUCUCUAUACUAUACGUAUUAUAAAACAUGCAUUUUUAUAGAUCCAAAACUCAUGAGUUCAAGUGUGAAUGUCUAAUGUAAAAUUAGAAUCGUAAAAAUGUAAACUAUUUAUAGUGUGUGCCAAAGUGUGUGCAAGAAAAUGGUACAAAUAACAAUUUUCUUUUAUUGAUGGAUAAUUAUGAAGACCCUUAAUAAUAGUUAAUAUGACUCAAGAGAAGUCGUUGGUAAAGUUGGGAUCUUCUUUUCAUCACCCUAUAACACGAUCAAUUGUAUGUGGUGGUCUCCAGAGUAAUAAUAAGUCUGUUAUAAGAAUACACACCAAUUAUAGGGACCAGUCUGAUCCUUAUUAUAAAAGGUCCAACUGUCCAACAAGAUAUGAAGAGUAACUCAAUUCUUUUAAGAUGGUUUGAUAUUUUUAAAUUAAGCUGAGUUGGUACUUACCGUUCAAUAGGUACAUCCAAACGCAGCAACAAUGGUGGCGAAACUGUCUGCUUGUACACACAUGGGCAUGGUGAGUGAGGGCAUGAGAUUUUUCCAUGAAAUGGAAACACAUUACAACAUAACUCCCAGUGUAGAGCACUUCACAUGCAUAGUGGAUCUUCUUGGUAAAACAGGCCAUCUUCUGGAAGCUGACAGAGUACUACUCAUAGGCUCAUAGGUCUCCUGAAUGCGUCGUGUUAUUUCUGGUUGGAUAUGGAACUUGGCGAAAGGGUUGCAGAGAAGCUGUUGCGUUUGGAGCCCGCCACCAUGUCUGGCUGCAUCAUACUACCUACGUCCCGCUAAAAUUGUCCCAUUUUACUAUUUCGGCCCGUCCAACUAAGAUUGUCCCAUACCUUAUUUGGUAAUGUUUGUGUGGCUUUAAAACAUUCUCACUUUAUCAAUUCAAUAUCAACCACAUAAACCACUUUUUAUAGAUUUGCGUGUCACUCUCUCUUGUCCCAUUGUUGGUGGGAGAAUGUCAAACAUGUGCGCUGGUUCGGGUAGGUGGGGCAGGAAGAUGUGGGCAAGGAACGCUUUGAGAGAAAUCGAAGAAGCCUUCAGGUUGUAGUUGGACAGAGAUAAAAGCCAUAGUUUAUGUGUUUUCUGUAGACGAUAGAUGUAUAGAACACAUCCAAGUCGUUACCAUGUUUGCUCAACUUUAGAACAUUUAAUGGCUAAUGUGAAUAUGCUAAAGUCGUUACCAUGUUUGCUCAACUAGAGUUAAUGAACUCUAGUAAUCGUUCUGCUUUUAGUACAUGUUUGCCAUUCAUUAUACAUCUU